AUGAUUGCUGUUGUCUUCUUGGCCAUUCUGUGCUUGGGACUGGCCUCAGCUGCUCCAACACCAGAUUACAGUUUGGAUGCUGAGUGGGAGGAGUGGAAGAGGAGCUUUGAGAAAACAUACAGCCAAGAGGAAGAAAGACAUCGGAGAGCAAUAUGGGAAGAAAAUGUCAAGAUGAUCAAACUGCUCAGUGAGGAGAAUGGUCUGGGGAUGAACAACGUCACCGUAGAGAUGAAUGAAUUUGGUGACAUGACUGGUGAAGAGAUGAGGGAAAUGAUGAAGGGGAGUUCAGUUCUGACUCUAAGGAAUGGGAAACACAUCCAGAAACGAGGAGAUACCAACAUCCCCAAAACUUUGGAUUGGAGAACACAAGGCUAUGUAAUCCCCGUGCGGAGACAGGGAGAUUGUGGUGCUUGUUGGGCUUUUGCUGUGGCUGCUGCCAUAGAAGGACAACUGUUCAAGAAAACAGGAAAACUGACCCCAUUGAGUGUCCAGAACCUAGUUGACUGCUCUAGAUCUUUUGGUACUACUGGCUGUAAAGGAGGCAGGAUCUAUAAUGCCUUCCAAUAUGUAAGGAGCAAUGGAGGUCUGGAGGCUGAGGCAACCUAUCCAUAUGAAGCAAAGGUAAGACGCUGCAGGUACCGUGCUGAACGUUCUGUUGUCAAGGUUGCCCGCUUUUACGUUGUCCCAAGGAAUGAAGAAGCUCUACUGAAUGCUUUAGUAACGCAUGGGCCCAUUGCUGUUGGAAUUGAUGCUGGACAUGAAUCUUUUAAAAAAUAUACGGGAGGUAUGUACCAUGAGCCAAACUGCAGACGUGAUUCCUCUACGCAUUCGGUGCUGUUGGUUGGCUUUGGCUAUGAAGGCAGAGAGUCAGAGGGCAAGAAAUACUGGCUGAUAAAGAACAGCCAUGGUGAAAGCUGGGGAGAGAAAGGCUACAUGAAGAUUCCCAGAGACCAGAACAACUACUGUGGAAUCGCUUCCUAUGCUAUGUACCCUGUAUUGUGA